AUCCAGUCGACGACUGCCUCUAUUACCUGUCUUCAUCCACCUCCGGUUCAUCGAAACCACUCUCCCCUCAAUCCUUUCUUCGUCAGGUUAUUCCGUUGAAGCAGUCACAAUGUCCGUCGAGAAGCAGACCGUUCUGGGCAUGCCGCCCUUCGUGGCGGAUUUCCUCAUGGGUGGUGUCUCCGCCGCUGUCUCCAAGACCGCUGCCGCCCCCAUUGAGCGUGUCAAGCUCCUCAUCCAGAACCAGGAUGAGAUGCUGAAGCAGGGUCGUCUUGACCGCAAGUACGACGGCAUUGCCGAGUGCUUCAAGCGUACCGCCGCCGACGAGGGUGUCAUGUCCCUGUGGCGUGGCAACACUGCCAACGUCAUCCGUUACUUCCCUACCCAGGCCCUGAACUUCGCUUUCCGUGAUAAGUUCAAGGCCAUGUUCGGCUACAAGAAGGAGCGUGACGGUUACGCCCUGUGGAUGGCUGGUAACCUUGCCUCCGGUGGUGCUGCCGGUGCCACUUCCCUCCUCUUCGUCUACUCCCUCGACUACGCCCGUACCCGUCUGGCCAACGACGCCAAGAACGCCAAGAAGGGUGGUGAGCGCCAGUUCAACGGUCUUGUCGAUGUCUACCGCAAGACCCUCGCCUCUGACGGUAUUGCCGGUCUCUACCGUGGUUUCAUGCCCUCCGUUGCUGGUAUCGUUGUCUACCGUGGUCUCUACUUCGGCAUGUACGACUCCAUCAAGCCCGUCGUCCUCACCGGUAACCUUGAGGGCAACUUCCUCGCCUCUUUCGCUCUUGGUUGGGCCGUCACCACCGGUGCCGGUAUCGCUUCUUACCCCCUUGACACCAUCCGUCGUCGCAUGAUGAUGACCUCCGGUGAGGCCGUCCACUACUCCGGUGCCUUCGACGCUGGUCGCCAGAUCGUCGCCAAGGAGGGUGUCAAGUCUCUCUUCAAGGGUGCCGGUGCCAACAUCCUCCGUGGUGUUGCCGGUGCUGGUGUCCUCUCCAUCUACGACCAGCUCCAGGUCCUCCUCUUCGGCAAGGCCUUCAAAUAAGCGAUUUCGCUCCACAACAACAAGAACAAGUCGGGCGGUGGUAUAAUGACGACUGCCUGAUGGAAGGCGAGGGGUGUGGCCAAGGGUGGCCUGGAAUAGACAAGGAUGAGUGGCUCGCGGGGUGCGAGGGAAGCUGCAGCAAAGAUACCCAGCCAUCAAAAUACGGUGGUCGCCUGGGUCUUUGCGGUUAGACUGGCAUCUGGCAAGGCGUUUUCUUUCCCUGAACUCGCUUUGAGUGCGCCUUGCUCGCUGUAAUUAUACGUCUCCAAAGGGAAUUUCCUGAUUGUACUCCA